CUGGAGCUCAGGCGGCCUCUUUUGGGGUGGGGGCUGGGGGCCAGGCAGAAAAGUGUCUGCCGAAGACUCACAGGGCACCGGGGAGACUAAAUGACUGCUGUCCCUUGUGGACAUGGGGAAGAAGUUGGUGAUGGCCCAGAAGCGGGGAGAGACCCGAGCCCUUUGCCUGGGUGUGGCCAUGGUGGCGUGCGCCGUCAUCACCUACUACAUCCUCGGCACGACCGUGCUACCCCUCUACCAGAAAAGCAUGUGGACCCAGGAAUCCAUGUGUCACCUGAUUGAGACCAACAUCAGGGACCAGGAGGAGCUGGAGGGCAAGAGAGUGCCCCAGUACCCGUGCCUGUGGGUCAACGUGUCAUCCGUGGGCCGGUGGGCCGUGCUGUACCACACGGAGGACACUCGGGACCGGAACCAGCAGUGCUCCUACAUCCCAGGCAGCCUGGACAACUACCAGAUGGCCCGGGCCGAUGUGGAGGAGGUUAGAGCCAAAUUCCACCAGCGCCAGGUUUUCCACUGCUUCUCCACGACUCGGGAGAAUGAGACGAGUGUCCUGUACCAGCGCCUCUACGGUCCCCAGACCCUCCUCUUCUCCCUCUUCUGGCCCACCUUCCUGCUGACCGGUGGCCUCCUCAUUAUCGUCAUGGUGAAGAUCAACCAGUCCCUCUCCAUCCUGGCAGCCCAGAAGUAGCCCCAUCCACACCACCUCACUGCUCGGGCCACCAGGGGCUGGAUGGGUCCCCCGGCUACUCCUCACUUGUGUCCCCACGCCUCCUCCCCCGGCCUUCCCACCCUCCCCCCUCCAAUACACUCUGUC